CCCUAUCAUAUCAUUUUAUCCCAAAAGUAAACAGCAGACGUACUUUACUUAUGGAAUCAUAGUUAACAAAGUGCGUAUCACACAAUGUAUUUCGCAUUGUUCUUUUGCUUAUUUUGGCUCUCGGUAACAGCUGACGAAAUCUACGAAAACUCCACCAACGUUUGCACGAAAUGUAGUUGUGGAUACUCCGAUAACGGCCAAACCCUCACUCUCGACUGUUCUAAGAAAAAUUUCAUUCAUAUGUUAGCCGCGUGGCCUCCACACAACGCCACUAUUAAAGCAAGUUUCGCUUAUAAUUACCUCGGCCACUUGCAAAAACUCCCACCAACUGAGGCUGUUGUUGAAAUCAUACUUUCAAACUGCAAUCUCAAAGUUUUAGAACCGGGACCUUUUGAUACCACCGUCAAUAUAAAAUUUCUUGACUUAAGUCAUAAUCUGCUAACGUCGGAACAACUUAGCGCCGGUGUUUUUAAGGGUCCCUACAAUGGGGCCAAACCGACUGAGAUAGCUCUCGAAGAGCUAGAUUUGAGCUAUAAUCAGAUUCACAGCCUGCAUAAUAACGUUUUUAAAUUCGCGCCGCAUCUGAAACGGCUUAAUCUCAAAGGGAAUGACUUUGUCUUGUUGGAUAUACAGACACAAUUGGCCCUUACUUCUUUAAGAAGUCUUUCGAGUCUGAAUUUGGCCGAUAAUGAGCUGACCGAUUUGGUGGAAGGUGCAAUUGAAGGACUGGACUAUUUGCGCGAGUUGGAUUUGUCAAUCAAUUACUUGGAUUUUGUGCCGCAUAGUUUGAAAGCGGUCGCCAAAAGUCUGCAAGUGGUGAAUUUAGACGGAAAUCCUAUUAUCGAAAUGACCGAGGAAAGCUUUCAAGGCUUAGAAAAACUGAUCGAAUUAUCUGCCAACAACUUGACCAAACUUCACCAGAUCAAUUCGAGUGCUUUCGCACCCGCCCUAAGCUUGAAAAAACUAAGCCUUGCACACAACCCUUCACUCUCAGACAUCAACGUCAACGCUUUCUCCCCCAACCAAUCAAUCGAAGAGCUGUACUUAAACAACAACAAUCUUUCAACCCUUCCUUUCGACCUCAUCCCUUGGCACCACUUGACCAGCUUCGCUCUCAGCGACAACCCCCUAACUUGUAGCUGCGACUUGUACAAAAUCGCCACUUCCCUUCCAAGUUCCAUAACCCGAACUUCAAACCAUCCCACCUGUUUCGACCUUUACACCUCGACCACCUUCAUGGUCUACAACCUCGACAGCGUCAUCUGCGACCCCCAAACCCUCCCAGCUAUCAAACCUCGAAUAUUACACCACCACUUCUCCAUCCCCCUCACCGGCCUCAUCGUGGUCCUGUCACUGGGGCUCUUCGUAGCCAUCGCCUUGGGCUACUCCCGAUAUAAAAAAUUCGCUUCGGCGACCAGAGACCCAUACGUAUCGCAGGUCGUCUAUAGUCCGCUGUUCAAUCGCGCGGUCUAAAAUAAAAUCUCACCUCUGCUGUUCCGGCCAGCUGCUUCGUAUACGUUAGGAAUUGGUUGAGGAGGUCUUCGGCUUUCCGGGCGACCUCUUUGAACCUGUAGAGAGCUUCGAGCUGUUCGAUGCAUCUCACACAGAUGACGUGCGGCAGAGGGUCGCUCUUGGCAACCUGGAAAGUGAUCAUUGCGGUGAUUAAUGCGUGUUGCGUAAAUUUUCGUAUGUUUGUGUUUUGGUGUUGUGGCCGAUUAUUUUUAGGUGUGAUUAAUAGACAAACGCUAGAUUUCCCUCGGAUGUUAGCCACACCGGGGAACGAUGUGUGUAUAGAUAAUUGUACGAUUAAAAAACCGAAACUCUAGCUCGACGCUUUUUGUUUGUUACUUUCUACAUGGUUAAUUCUAGAUUUGUGUUAAUGACAGCUGACGUAAGAAUAAUAAAUAAAAUGGUAAAUUAUA